AGGAAAGAGAAACCGGGAGAGGGAGGAAGAGAGAAAGUGAGGAGAGAAGUUGAGAGAGAAGAAAGGAAACAGAUGUGCCUGUAGGGGAGAGGAAGGCUGAGUGUGGGGACAGGCACUAGGGAGUGACAGGGACAGCAGAGGGGGAGUUGGACAGGAGCAGUGAGGUAAGAGAGGGACUGGACAGGGGCGAGGGAGAGGACGGUGAGUGAGCAGGGGCUCAUAAACAAGAGUUGGAGCAGACGUCAGGUGAGAAGAGGCAGCCCUCAGAGGCAGUGCCUGAGCCACAAAAGGGUGACGGAGCUGUCCCUGGCAGCAGAGCUGAGUUCUCGAUGGAGCAGGGCCGCCCCCGGAGCAGCCUGAGCCUGGCCAGCAGUGCUUCCUCUGUGUCUUCCGUGAGCAGCCCGGGCACCAAGAAGCCUACUCGUGCAGUACACAAGGUCCAUGCCUUUGGGAAAAGGAACAAUGCACUUCGGCGAGACCCCAACCUGCCGGUGCACAUCCGAGGCUGGCUGCAUAAGCAGGAUAGCUCAGGCCUGAGGCUGUGGAAGCGCCGCUGGUUUGUCCUCUCAGGCCAUUGCCUCUUCUACUACAAGGAUAGCAGAGAAGGGAGUGUCCUGGGCAGUGUGCUGUUACCCAGCUACAGUGUCAGGCCGGAUGGGCCAGGAGCGCCACGUGGCCGUCGAUUCACCUUCACGGCAGAGCACCCAGGCAUGAGGACCUAUGUCCUUGCAGCUGAUACGUUGGAGGACCUAAGAGGUUGGCUACGGGCUCUGGGAAGGGCUUCUCGAGCAGAGGGGGAAGACUGUGGACUCUCUAGGUCGCCUGCACGUCCCCAGCCUGGGGAAGGCCCCGGGGGUCCCGGGGGCCCACCGGAAGUGAACAGGAGGGAAGAAGGGCAUAUCUCAGAAUCACCAGAGGUAGCUCGGCUCUCCAGAGAUCGUGGUAGACGUGGGGUAUACACGUCCAGCCCUACAGCUGAUCUGCAGUCUGACUCGUGGAGCAGGAGGACCAGGACCCCAGAGCUGUUCUCAUCCCUCUCUCGCCCGCCUUCCCCUCUGAGCCUUCCCCGUCCUCGUUCUGCCCCGGCACGGCGACCCCCUCUCUCGGCAGGAGACAUACCAUUUCCUGCCCGACCUCACACGCCCUUGAGUCGCAUCGAUGUCCGACCUCCUCUGGAUUGGGGACCCCAAAGACAGACCCUCUCCCGACCUCCCACUCCUCACCGAGGACCGUCCUCUGAAGUUGGUGGAGGACGGCCACCCAGGAGUCCCCAGCCCUGGAGGCAAGAGCCUAGAACGCAGUCUACCCAGGCCUGCCCCAGUUCUCCGACCUAUCUCCAGCUGCCCCCAAGACCCCCAGGGACCCGGGCCUCCAUGAUUUUGCUGCCAGGUCCCCCAGCCGACUCAACUUUGCACCAGGGCCUGGAGACUGAUGCUCUGCUGACCAAGCUGUGUGGACAGGAUCGGCUGCUGAGGCGGAUACAGGAGGACCUGGACAAAAGGCAGGGAGAGAAGGAGCAGCUAGAGGCAGCCUUAGAGCUGACCAGGCAGCAGCUGGGCCAAGCUACCAGGGAGGCUGCUGCUUCCGGGAAGGCCUGGGGUCACCAACGCCUUCUGCAGGACCGCCUGGUGAACGUGAGGGCUGCUCUGUGUCACCUGACUCAGGAGCGAGAGCAUGUUUGGGACACAUACAGCGGCCUGGAGCAAGACCUGAGCACCUUAAGGGAGACUCUUGAGUACCUACUGCACCUCGGGUCUCCCCAGGACCGAGCAGCUGCUCAGCAGCAGCUAUGGAUGGUGGAGGACACGCUGGCAGGUCUAGGUGGCCCCCAGAAACAGCCCACACAUACUGAGCCCAAGUCUCCAUCCCCUGCACCCCAAGGAGAGGAGUCCUCGGAGCGGGAGAGCCUUCCGGAGUCACUGGAGCUUAGCUCCCCUCAGUCCCCCGAGGUGGACUGGGGUCGACCUCCAGGAGGUGACAGACCCCUCCUAAGCCCUCCCUCAGGUGUUGGGUCUCCAAGGGUCUCCCGGGCAUCGAGCCCCGAAGGUCCUCAACCCUCUUCCCCACUGCUGAGAAGUAAGGCCACGGUGGGGAGGCCUCGCAUGAGCGCUAAGGAGCAGCUGGAGCGCAUGCGCAGAAACCAGGCUUGUGGGCUUCCUCUUCCUCGCCCCGCCUCCCCGAAGCUCCUGACCCUGGGGAGGGCGCGGUCCCCAGCUGGACGCCAGCCGGACUUGGAGCAGAGGCCUAUUGUAGGAGCUGCGAAAUGGCUCAGAAGUUCUGGGUCCUGGAGUAGUCCCAGGCACUCCACAACCUACACGCCAUCCGGAGGCCACCGGGAGCGGGUCCUCAGUCUCUCCCAGGCUCUAGCUACAGAGGCUUCCCAGUGGCACAGGCUGAUGACGGGAGGAAAUCCGGACUCCAGGGCGGGCCAUCUCCCUCCAGGCUCACAACCUCCCAGUGAAGAACUGCCCCCAGCUUCUAACUCUGCCGCCAUGCGAUUCUCACGCCCAGGGAGUGGGCAAGACCUGGCCCAAAGCGAGCCCAGCUGGAACCCCGGGGACACCCCUCCUCCACUGCAGGGGGAUGGGGCGUGGCCCCUGAGAGUCACCCUUCUGCAGUCCAGCUUUUGACUGGCCCUUUGCAUGACCGCUCCUGUGAGGGCGCAGGAACAAGCAGGACACAACCUAAGUAUGAGGCCACUUAGGACUGUGGGGAGAAGUUUGUUCCAUCAUGUGUUGGGGGGGGGGCUUCUAUGAUCAAAGACCAAUUGUCCCAACACUGCCCAAACUGGAAUUAAAACUUUGAACUAUUAGUCAAUAAA